UUUAGUUUCUGAAUUAUUUUUAUUUUGGUCUGUGAGACCCGGCGCCCCGGCUCAGUGUAUUUUUUCUACAACUGGCUGGAUAUAUUUUUCUUUGCAGCAAUGUCUAAUUAUUAUGAAGAAGAGCAAGAAAAACUUUGUCGUUUAUGGGAGGAAGUUGCAUCAGAGGAAGAGCCGUAUGAUGAAGAAGAGGAGUUGGUGUUUCAGGAAAAUCAUGUUGAAACUCGAAGCACUGAUAGCGAAUCCGAACAAGAGUGUUCUGAUAGCAGUGACGACGAUGUACCCCUUGCAAAAUUAGCAAGAAUUCCAACUUUCAUUGGAAAAGAUGGCACAACGCGGUGGCAUAAACAUUGCCCAAACAAAACAGUAAGAACGAGAAGGGAAAAUAUUAUUGUGCGAUUACCAGGCGUCAGAAACUGUGGGAAAAACGCCAAAACACCCGAUGAAUGUUGGUCGUUAUUUUUUACUACUGAAAUGCUCAACAUUAUAGGGGAGAACACAAAUCACUAUAUUUCUGGAUUAGCGAAAAAUUAUGCGAGAGAGAGAAGAGGAACGCCCGCACUAUGAAACAAAUGUGCCAAGGUCGGUGAAAGAAAGAAGACAAGAAGUCGCUGGAACACAAGAAAAUAUGAAAAAUGAAGAAAUCCAACCAGGUACCAGAAGAAGAUGCUUUUUUGCAAAAAGGAUUCAAAAACCAAAUAUUUUUGCAAAAAAUGU